AUGGUUCGCUCAACUACGAUCUUUAGAAUCAGCGACGGACUCCCGCUCGCCGCGAGCGUGGACGAUGAGACUAGGACGGACAUGUGCUCGGUGGCCAUCGCGGACGUGCGACCGACUGCGCAUGCACUUGAAGGCCUUCCUCCACCGACCGCAGAUGUUCAAAUCCUCUGGUCUUGGAACUUCCAGCUGUGCGCCGCGAGUCGAAGAGCUGACGCCCAGACCGAGAAGGCACUCACCGAGUACAAGCAGCAGAGCAAGCUCAUCUUCCGUCGUCUGACCCCCAACUCUGAGCCCGCUUGCUCCAUUGAGUCUGGCGACUACACUCUUCACUACCUCAUCGUCGGUCCCGCCAUCUACAUGUGCAUCUGCGACUCGUCGUACCCGCGCAAGCUUGCUUUCUCGUACCUGGAUGAGCUGAGCAAGGAGUUCCAGCGAUCUUACGGCGACAAGAUCGACAGCGCGCAGCGACCGUAUGCUUUCAUGGGCUUUGACACCUUCAUCUCCAAGACGACCCGACUGUACAAGGACUCAAGAUCGUUGACGAACGGACAGCAGCAGGGCGCGACGCAGCUGGACCAGCUGAACGAGAACCUCAAGGACGUGACGCGCAUCAUGACCAAGAACAUGGAGGACCUGCUGUGGCGUGGUGACUCGCUUGACCGUGAGUAG